AUGGCAUCUAAACCUCCUGCUCCCCUAAUGAAGAAGCACAGUCAGACGGACUUGAUAAGCCGUCUGAAGAGCCGGAAGAUCCUUGGAGUUGGUGGCGAGGAUGAUGAUGGCGAAGUGCACCGCUCAAAGAUCAGUCAGAUGCUCGGAAAUGAGAUGAAGUUUGCAGUGCGAGAGCCUGUCGGGCUGAGGGUGUGGAUACUCAUCUCUGCAGUGGGUUUCACAGCUAUGGCCCUGAUGGCUCUGGUGUUUCCCAACCAGCUAUAUGAGGUUGUUUUUGAGGAGGAGCUCUCUACCACUAACAUCUCUGUUCGCCUUUAUGGAGGAGCAUUGCUCAGCCUGUCCCUCAUCAUGUGGAAUGGACUCUACACAGCAGAAAAGGUCAUCAUCCAGUGGACUCUGCUCAGUGAAGCUUGUUACUUUGCUGUUCAGUUUCUAGUGACAUCCAUUACUUUAAUGGAGAUUGGCAUCCUGCCCAACGCUGCCAUGCUUCUUCUCCUCAGUCGAGUGCUCUUCUUGCUGGUCACCAUGGCUUACUACUACCACCUGGGCCGUAAGCCGAAGAAGAUCUGAGCUGCCUGUGUGAAAACUUCCAGGUUGGGGACAGUUGAGCACAGAUCACAAAAUGCGGGGUCAGAAGGUUUGGAUUAUUAUUUGAUUGGGGCUUGGAGCAUUACCUUGUCAGUCAAUGGCCCUGGCCCCCCUCCACAGGACCUAGCCUAAUGUAACCCCCAGUAUUUAACAGAUGAGCAGUCUCUUAUUCCAGACUCUGCAACAAGAACAAUAAACCUCAUAGUGAAAGUGAACUACUCUUUCACUGGGCUGUGAGGUUCAACCCCAUAUUCCUCCUAUGUGCAGUUACUACAAAGAAGGAGUUAUAUGAUUUAUAAUAUUUAAUAACAUUAGAGUAAUUAUAAACACCCGACUAUAUUGUUCAUGUACAGCUGAUGAUUUCCAGACUCAGUAUUUUGUGUUUCAUAAGAAGUUGCAUCGACUGUGUUUCUUAAUCACACUCGAGGACCAAAAGUUUGUGCUGUCAUUUGUUUCUUUUUUUUUGAUGCUGUUGAUGUUAAUUCACAUUAUGUACGCUAAUACCUGAGCUUGUGCAUGCUUUCUGACAGCUUUCCAGUGAACACAUGAAAUGAAACAAAAAAAAAAAAAAACUGCAUAGUUUAAGGUUCAGAAAAACCAAAUGUUAAUGACUGACAAUGAAAUCUAUUAUAAACUGAUGGCUUUCAUAGUCAGCACACUGAGGAAACUGUUAGAGUUUAGCAUGUACUCUCAGUCAUGGCCAUUAAUUAUAUUCAGAUUUAAAAUUGAAUCUAAACACUUUUCAGGGACAUUUUUUUUUCUAUUCCUUGAGUGGACUUAUGUAGAGGUUCCAGUAGAGUAAAUGGGAAUUGUUUUGUAUGGAAUAUUUUCACUACUGAGAUCAAUACAUGUAAUGUUGAUGAAUACAUAUGUGAAGUUACUCCUACAAGAGGAACAGGGUAGUUCUCUCUGUUGUGUGUGUGUGUGUGCACUAUAUAAUGGGCCCAAGUAACAUUCUGACUUUUACCGUAAAGCUAGUGUUACAAGCCGUCCACAUCAGUGUGCAGGGUAAACAAACCUGAGCUUCUUUAGUGAUGUAGCACAGUUUUUUAUACACACCAUAUCUUUAGUCUUGCCUUAAAACUACUUAAAAGAACAGUGAUCAACACUGCGUCCUGCUUCCUUGUACAUAUGUAAAUAAAAUGAUGUGGUGUUCUUGUGAACCAAACAGGGACCUUGUUCCGUAUUGGGUAAAUGGUGUGUCUUAUUUUGUACCUAUUUAAGUGAUGCUUGUGUUUUGACUGCAUGCAUGCAAUGUAAUCCACCCAAAGAAAUGGCUCAAACUUUACAGCAGGUAGCUACAAUCAGAAGAAAGAAAACAUGGGAAAGCAAAGCUAUCAAUUAAAAGCAGUGAAUCGAUGAAUUAACCAAAAACAGCAAAAAUUAAUUAAAAAAGCAGAUAGUUGACUUUAUGGUUUAAAACCAUUUGAAGCAGAUAUCUGACAAUUGUCACCAAUUGCUGAAUACAUUUGCUACCUCCAAAUCCUCCUCAUGCCCUCAGGAACAUCAUAUCACAGCUUGGUUUUCGAGCUGUGCCGGCAGUCUUAUUUCUUGACUCAUACUCAGCACCUAAGACCUGAGAGAGCGAGAGAAGCACUCCCAAAGAUGGGCAACUCAUUUGUAAACUCUGCAUCAAAAAGGAACAUAGUGUAGGUCUCCAAAGGUAGUCCGUAUUGUUACAAAUGACCACGUUGAGUCCUGCCCUGGAAGGGAGUGGUCCUGAGGUCACAGUGAUUGUGGGUUUGCAGUCCGGCGCUGAAGGCAGAUGUGCUCGUUACUUGGGGCGAGCUUUCAGUUCAGACGGGGAAUGCGAAACAUGGGUGAGGUCUCCUGUACCCCUGAAAAGUAGUAAUUAUCCUUCUGCCAGGGUUUAAUUAGAUGUAGCUCUCCCGAGUGACGUGUUCCUCAACCUGAACUGCUCUGUCCUGGCUAGCAUGAUAAUUAUGGAGUUCAAGGAAAAAAUGCCAUUCCAUUUACCUCAGUACUACGGGUCCUCAAAUCAUCAGCUUUGAGAAAUGUUCAAAGAUCUACAGCGUAGGCUAUUUUUGAAGAGAUGGGCGGGCAGGAGGACGACGGCAAAGACGUGAUUCUUCCAUCUUCUGGUUCUCUGACAUAAAUUAGUCAAAACAUUCAUGAACAACCAGUGUUCUUAAAGUUUGAAGACAUGGCAAGUUGAGCCAUCUGUUCCCGCCCUCGUCCAUCAUAUGUUCUACUGUUGUGAAUAGAAUAACUUGUCCAACUGUUUCAAGUUGUAGCAUUGUUUUUUUUUUAUGUAUUUAUAUGGUAUAUUGUACCUCAAAAAUGCAUUGCUAUUGAUUUCCAUUAUACAGUUUGAAAUAAAGAAUGCCAUUGUUUAUUUUGAAGACUUGAAAA